GACGAAAUUGGCACACAGUUUGGCGCUGUUGUGGUUAAGCAACGUGGGUUGCGUUGUGCAAGCGAGGUUUGAGCGUGUUGAAGUAGUAGGUGAAAUACUGUUUGGGCCCUCUCAAAGGCGAGCCCUUGCCAUCAUCCAUGGCUCCACCAUCUCUUGUGCUGCAUGUCCUGCCGCCCUUGUGUGUAGCUUCCCAUGUCACUGCUGCUUCGUCUGCACGCCAUUAAGAGUGGUGCCCACACACCGUUGCAUUCCUGAGUGUCUUUAAUGAGAAAUUGAACAUAGUUACACAAUUUGGUGCUAUCUGCUUCAGUUCAUGCACAGAAAAUUUGUAAAGGAAGUCUCUUGAAGAGGGUCAGUUUAUAACAACACCCUGCCAACCAGGUGAAAAGUUCUUUGCAGUUGACACAGAAGUAUUCAGUAAUGAAAUGUCAUUACGAAGUACUAGGAGUGCCAAGGAAUGCAUCCUUCGAGGAGAUAAAGAAGUCUUACAGGACAUUAGCUCUCAAAUGGCAUCCCGACAAGAAUCCUGAUAAUGUGGUGGAAGCAAGGGAAGAGUUCCUGUUAGUGCAGCAAGCUUAUGAAGUUUUAGGUGAUCCUGCAGAGAGAAAGUGGUAUGAUAAGAACAGGGAAUCAAUUUUGAAGGGGGGUAGAGAUGGAGAUUAUAAGGAUGAAAGCCUUGAUGUCUUUCAGUAUUUCACAUCAUCAUGUUUUAAAGGUUACGGUGAUGAUGAAGACGGGUUUUAUACUGUAUACCGGAAAGUUUUUGAAAAAAUUGCAGCAGAAGAUACAGAAUCUGUGUCAGAAAGUGAGCUGAACAUACCAACAUUUGGAGAUUCCAACAGCAACUAUGAUGAUGUUGUCCAUCCAUUUUAUGCAUACUGGCAAAGUUACUCAACCAAGAAAUCAUAUGCCUGGCUGAAUGUAUUUGAUACUCGUCAGGCGACAAAUAAGCGUGUGUUUCGUGCAAUGGAAAAGGAAAAUAAGAAGGUAAGGGACAAAGCUCGCAAGGCAAGAAAUGAAGAAGUUCAACAGUUAGUAGCAUUUGUUCGAAAGAGAGAUAAACGUGUGAAGGCGCAUGUGGAAUUUCUGAAACAAAAAUCGGAAGAUAAUGCUAGGAAAGCGAAAGAGUAUAGAAUCCAGCAAGUGAAGAACCGUUUCAAAGAAAUGCAAGAACUUGCUGGACCUCUUCAUGAUCUGAGUAUAUCCACAAUGGAGGAACUGAAUGCAAUUGAAGUGGAAGUAGCUGCAAUGUUUGACGAGCGUCCUGAAGAAGUUGAUGAUGACGACGACGGACUAUACUGUUUUGUUUGCCAAAAACUCUUCAAAUCGGAAAAAUCUUUUGCAAAUCAUGAGAAUUCAAAGAAGCAUAAGGAAAAUUUGGAACUUAUGAAAGAGCAAGGUAUGUUUCCAGAGUCCGAUGAGAAAGGAAGUGUUUAUGAGGAAACUGGAGCUAGUGCAGUGGAUUCUAGCAACACGAUUUCUGCUGAUCAAACUAGCACAAGUAGUAGUGAUAAUGAUAGUGACAGUGGUGGUAGUGAUGAUGGCAUAGGAAAACAAGCAGAUAAUAGUGACAUGUCAGGAUCCUUUUGUCAGCAGCUCGAAAACACACAAACUGCAGAAGCAAGCACUGAUGACUGUGCCAGCAGUUCAGACACUGAAGAUAGUUUAAAAAUCAUCAGACACUUGCAUAAAAGUAAGACACAUAGGAAACUACUUGAAGACUAUGAGAGCUCUGAUGAACUAAACAUACACAUUAUGAAACCUAAUACAAAAAAAUCAUACAAGUGUAGAGGAACAGAUACCCAGUGUACAAAGGAAAAUGAUGAUAAAACAAAUACAUUAAUAGAAGAUGCUGAUCAGACUUCUGUGAAAUCUUUAGGCUUUGAUGCAGAUGAGGAAAGUAUUUCUGGUGAGGUUGCAGCAAAAAAUAGGAAAAAAAGAAGGAAACAGACAAAAAAUACCAAAAAGUCUGUUAAUCAAGUGGAUUUUGUAACUCAGAAAAAUGAAGACUGUAUUAAUUCACAAAAGUCAAAGUGCCUUACUGCUAUAAAUUGUCCUGAUAAAGGUGUAAAUAAAAUUGUUGAACAUGAUCAUAGUAAGAAAAAUGUUGCAGAGAAGCAGUCAAAAAAACAGAAAAAGAAUGUUAAGGUAUUGGGUGUUGACAAAAUAAAUGGUAAUGAAUCAACACUGAAAACUGAAAAAAAUAAACAAUUUGAGAGACAGUCCAAAAGAUCUAAGAAGAAAACUGCUUUGGAAGGAUAUAACACAGGACAAAACCGGGAGACUGACGACAUACCAACUGUGAAAUUGAAGACUCUAGAGGAUGGCGGCACGAACAAAUGUUCCAAAAAACGGGCAAAAAAUAAGUGUGUGGUUGAAGAAAGAUACUUUGUGAACCAAAACUGUGAUGUAGGGAGCCCAUCAUGAUUUGAUAAAAUGAGUAUGCUCUUACAGAUAUGACUUUAAGAUAAUCCGUGUUGGAUAAUGGCUGUGUAUAGAUAUAAGUCUUUUGUGCUCAUUGUAUAGAACAGUAUUAAAAGAACAGCUACACAAAAAAUGCUUGUUCCACUCAUUAAUAUUGUAUUUGUUAACUGCUGUGUAUGAAAACAUGGUUUAUAAAAAUAAAUUAUAUUAUCCAUUCAUAUAUCCAAUGAAUAUCAAUUUGUAGUUUACAGGGCUUGUAUUUGAAAAUGUGUGCUUCCUUUAUUUGCGUUUCAGAAAAAAAGAUAAAAAAAUUAAUAAUAAUCAAAACUUGUCUGUGAAAGCUGUGUCUUCAAAUUUGUGUCACACAAACUACUGUCCAUGUUUGCCAUUUUGGUACCCCAAACAUAUGAGACCAUAGUAGUGUGAAGUUUAAGUAGGACCUGUGUACUGUGUGCUAUUUGUUCUGGAUAAAUGACUUCAUGUCUGUAAUACAAGCUAAGCAGCUUUUUCUUGCAAAAAUGUCACUUAGUUUGUGGUGUAUGAGAAACACCAGCAAACUGUACAGUUUAGAUAUUAGAUCAUUAUUUUACUCUGGCCC